ACGAGAAUUGCGUGUGAUUCGAAUUCGGCCUCCUACUGAUCAGCCAACAGGGGGCAUUCAUUUACACAUAAGUUCAUCAGCUCUUAACAGGAAGUAGUCACAAUAACGCUUUUAAACAAAGGCAUUGUGUCGCAGAUAGCAGACUCGUCUAUAUAUUCUACGCGGAGACAAGUGCCAAACCAAAACAUCUAACUUAACAGCCAGGCUGCCACUUUUCUCCUAAACUUCAAUUUGAAAAAUGGACCAAGGCUCAGAUCCUAUGUAUUCCACGUAUAUUAGUAAUUCUGUUUUAAAUGCCUGUUUAUCCUACACGGCCAUGAUGCUUAACAUUUUAACAAUCCAUGCGCUCAGGAAAACUUCAUCUCUGCCAAAGACCUUGAAAACAUUACUUUUGAGUCUUGCUGUGUCUGAUCUUGGAGUCGGUUUAAUGGUGCAGCCUCUAUAUAGCGCAUUACUGGUUGAAAAUUUGCAACAAAAGGACGCAGAAUGGAUAGUGACCGUGUGUACAUUUACCGCUGGUUUAUUUGCCAUCUCGUCGUUUCUUGGUGUCACGGCUCUGAGUGUAGACAGAUUUUUAGCGGUUCAUCUUCAUCUUAGAUAUCAGGAACUUGUAACUCACAAGCGUGUUGUGGUGGCGGUGAUAAUAUUAUGGUUGUUUAGUGCAUUGAUCGCUUUGUUAUCUUUCUGGGAUGAAAUAAUCUUGUUCAUCCUUCUGGCGUGUAUUUCCACUCUAUGUGUCAUUUGUUGCACAACUGUUUAUUGUAAGAUUUACUUCGCCGUACGGCGCCUUGCAAGUCGUCUACAACAUCGCCCGCGUUGGGGGCAAGAAGUACGUCAAGACGCUGACGUAGCGGUGAAUGCUGACAAGCUGAGAAAAUUUGCCCUCAGUACGUUUUAUGUGUUUCUGGUAUUUUUAAUCUGUUAUUUGCCACAUACCUGCAUGUUGGUAGCACGUAUCUUGAUUCGUGAACAGAGUACUUCAAUGCGCACAUUUGAUUUAUAUUCUUUAACUCUGGUUUACCUUAAUUCGACCUUAAAUCCUGUUGUCUACUCGUGGAAGAUCAGACAUAUUCGUCUCGCUAUUAUGAACAUACUGCGAAAACUUGUUUUUUGUAACAACUGACUAGAUACUGAAACUGUAAGGUUUUUGUUCAGA